AUGCAUAUUAGUCCUUUGCUAUGCGAAAGUGUUACAGAUUUCAAUCCGAAAAGCAACGCAAGUGAUGAAGCUGCUUAUGGUUCUGAGAAAGUCACGAAUGGAGAAGACAAUGAAAAUUCUUGUGAUGAGGCUGGUGAUGGUCGUGAUGAGGCUGGUGAUGACGAUAGAGAUGUUGAAGUCGAGAAUUCGACAAGCCAAAUCAAGACAAAACGAAAGAGACAUGAGACUGAAGAUGAAGAAGACAAAAGGGAGAGUAAGACGACACGGAAUAAAGAUGAAGAAGAUGACAUAGUUGAAAGGUUCGAGUUUGAGAUAGAGGAUUCUGUAGCAAAUUGGUUUGAUGAUUUUAGGAUUAAUCGAAAUAUUGUCCCAGAGAGUUCAGAUGAAGAGGAAGAUCCCAUAGUUGUUAGAGAUAGAAAAAUUAGGAUUGGAACAAAUGAUAAGUUAGCUAUUGGAAGAACAUUCUUAAGUGGGUUUGAGUUCAAAGAGGUUAUGUUACAUCAUGCUUUGAGGACAAGGGAAAACAUUAAGCAAAACAGAUGGGGGAAGGACAAAAUGAGCUUUGUAUGUGGUCAAGAUAAAAGUUGUGAUUGGAAAGUAUACGCCGCAUUCGACAAGACUCGGCAAUUGUGGGUUGUGAGGACUACUUGUGGUUAUCAUAGAUGUAAAUCGAACGGGAAAUGCAAGUUGUUGAAGAGUCCCGUCAUUGGAAGGCUAUUCUUGGAUAAACUGAGGUUGCAGCCUAACUAUAUGCCUCUUGAUAUUCAAAGGCAUAUUAAGGAGCAGUGGAACAUACUCAGUUCUAUAGGACAAGUUCAGAGAGGAAGACUUCUAGCUCUUAAGUGGCUUCAAGAAGAAUAUGCUCAGCAUUUUGCUCACCUUAGAGGUUAUGCAACCGAACUCAUAAAUUCAAAUGCGGGUUCCACUGCUGUUGUCGAUACCUACCCUAAUGCCGAUGGUGAAGAUGUUUUCAACCGUUUUUAUGUCUGUCUUGGAGCAAUGAAACAAGCAUUUUACUAUUGCCGGCCUAUCAUAGGGAUUGAUGGGACUUUUCUGAAACAUGCCGUCAAAGGCUGCCUAUUGACUGCUAUUGCUCAUGACGCAAACAAUCAGAUAUAUCCAAUUGCGUGGGCAGCUGUACAAACUGAAAAUGCUGAUAAUUGGUUGUGGUUUCUAAAACUACUAAAGGUUGAUUUAAAUCUAAAGGAUGGGCAGAAAUAUGUCAUCAUAUCAGACCGUUCUAAAGGAAUCAUAAGUUCAGUGAAAAAUGAGCUACCAAAUAUUGAGCACAGAAUGUGUGUCAAACAUAUUGUGGAUAACUUGAAGACUAGGCAUGGUGAUAAAGAUUUGCUAAAAAAGCUGGUGUGGAAUCUAGCUUGGAGUUACAACCAUGCUGAAUUUGAAGCAAAUCUGAACAAGAUUAGAGCAUAUGAUCGGUCUCUUUAUGAUGAUGUGAUGAAGGAGAAUCCAAGGAGUUGGUCAAGAGCUUAUUAUAGGAUAGGCAGACGCCUGCAUGCACCUAGUGAUAGUGGGACAUAG